GUAGCUGUUGCCCCACACGAAGUAUGUGGGGUAAUUCAAAGCCGACUCGGUAUUUGAGUAUGGGCUGGAAGAAAGAGUGAUAAUGUCUUUGGGCUAGAAGGGAUUCAUGACUGGCGAAGCUCCAGGAAGCGUUCUGGCGCAUCGCGAAACUGAUGCGUAGUGACGUAUUUGCGCGCGCUGAAAGAGGUAUAGUGUACCCGCUAUACUUCGGAGAGAUCUGUAGCACAUUGAGAUUGCUCUGGACCUCAUCUACAACAACGUGCUCAUGGGCGAUACUGCGACACCGAUUCAAAGAUGUAAGCCGGUCAUCAGAAUAUGCACUCAAGCGACCCCGGUUGAAUUGGGGAUGCAAGAAAGACGAAAAGCGGUACGCGGCGCGAGAAGAGUCCAAGGACCCGACCAUCCACGACAGCCAUCCUCCACCCACUUCAUCUACAGAAGUUCACAAAGACAGCGUCAGGAACCAAAAAUCACAGUCUAAGAGACUCAACAUAUUAAAGAUGCGAAAUACCGUGCCAUCGAAAAGGCCUCAAAUCACCUCAAAGCGCCACGACAGGGAUUUAAAUUGGUCGCCUUUUGUCACAAAUGCUUCAGGCAUUUCUUGAGUCAGCAGCACAUGAUUCAACCAUUGUUCGCCAAUUCGUGGAUACCUAUUGAAAGAUGCACUAGCACCGAUUAUGGCACUGUGGCGUCGCCAGAAAUCAUCCUUCUACAGCACGGUUUGACGACAUAACAGCACCUUACGACACCUGAUACUCCUGCAUAUUAACAGGAUGUCGGUCAUUG